GAUUUCGAGGAUGACUUGACUUUUGUCGACCCAGAAUGCAGGAUGGGUUUCGGGGUUUUCAUGGCCUUGGUCCAUCCGGGGGAUGCGGCGUGAGGAGCGUGGGGAUAACGGGCCAACGUCGCCCUGGCGCUCCGGCUCUGCUCAGGGCGACCGCCUUAGGGGCCUCGGGGGCAGGGCCCACUUUCUGUCAAAAUGGCAGCGCCCAGCAUGUACGAGUACUAUUGAAGUCGGGGUUUUGGCUCCUUGUUGAUGGGACUGAGCGAACUUACCUGCUGCAUUUCUGAUUUUGAAACACACCGGGUCUAGGUUCCUGGCGAGCAGUGGGAACCUCCAUACUGUUUACACAGCGGCUGUACCAUUUUACAUUCCCACCAGCAGUGCACAAGUGUUUUGGUUUCUCCACAUUGGAGUGUGCAGCAGAAAAGAAGAAUGGUUGGACACCCCUGGUAGAUAACCUUUAGACACUGGAGUCUUGGUAUUCGUGAAUCUGCGAGAAGUCUCUAUAAUGGUUGCUUCAGCCCUCAGGAGAGUCUCCUGUGCCUGUGUCUACCUGGUGAGCAAGGCCAGUCACGUGUCCCGAGGCCGUCAGCAUCAGACCUGGGGCUGGAGGCCUGCUGCUUCUGAUCUUGCUGCUCCAGGAGCUCCUGGAGGUGUGGUGGAGCUGCUGGGCAAGUCCUACCCUCAGGAUGACCACACCAAUCUCAGCCGGAAGGUCCUCUCCAAGGUAGGCAGGAAUCUGCACAACCAGCAGCACCACCCUCUGUGGCUGAUCAAGGAGAGGGUGAAGGAGCACUUUUACAAGCACUACGUGGGCCGCUUCGGGACUCCACUUUUCUCAGUCUACGACAACCUUUCUCCAGUGGUUACUACCUGGCAGAACUUUGACAGCCUGCUCAUCCCAGUUGACCACCCCAGUAGGAAGAAGGGGGACAACUAUUACCUAAAUCAGACCCACAUGCUGAGAGCGCACACGUCAGCACAUCAGUGGGACUUGCUGCACGCAGGCCUGGACGCCUUCCUGGUGGUGGGCGAUGUCUACAGGCGCGACCAGAUUGACGCCCAGCACUACCCUGUUUUCCACCAGCUGGAAGCUGUCCGGCUCUUCUCCAAGCACGAGUUAUUUGCUGAUAUAAAGGAUGGAGAAAGCCUGCAGCUCUUUGAACAGAGUUCUCGCUCUGCCUGUAAACAAGAGACACACACCAUGGAAGCCAUGAAGCUUGUAGAGUUUGAUCUUAAGCAAACACUUACCAGGCUUGUGACAUAUCUUUUUGGAGAUGGACUGGAGAUAAGAUGGGUAGACUGCUACUUUCCUUUUACUCAUCCUUCCUUUGAGAUGGAGAUCAACUUCCAUGGAGAAUGGCUAGAAGUUCUUGGCUGUGGGGUGAUGGAACAACAACUGGUCAAUUCAGCUGGUGCUCAAGACCGAAUUGGUUGGGCUUUUGGCUUAGGAUUAGAGAGGCUGGCCAUGAUCCUCUACGACAUCCCCGACAUCCGCCUCUUCUGGAGUGAGGAUGAGCGCUUCCUGAAGCAGUUCCGUGUAUCUGAUAUUAAUCAGGAGGUGAAGUUUCAGCCUCUUAGCAAAUACCCUGCUGUGAUAAAUGACAUUUCAUUCUGGUUGCCUUCUGAGAAUUACGCAGAGAACGAUUUCUAUGACUUAGUCCGGACGAUUGGAGGAGACCUGGUGGAAAAGGUUGAUCUUAUAGACAAGUUUGAACAUCCAAAGACACACAAGACCAGCCACUGCUACCGCAUCACCUACCGCCACAUGGAGCGCACCCUGUCCCAGACAGAGGUCGGGCACAUCCACCAGGCUGUGCAGGAGGCUGCAGUGCAACUGCUGGGUGUGGAGGGCAGGUUCUGAUGUCACCACCUCACCUGGACUGCGGCACUCUCAGGGCUCUAGGAUCUGCUGAAAGAGGAAGAGAAAUGGUUUGUGGACUGUGGCAUCAGUCAUUUUUGAUAAAUGGGUCAGUUUUAGGACUUUUAGAAAAUAAAGGAUCGCUCUUGAGAAACU